AUCUUCUGGAUUCCUCCUGCGCCAGGUUUUGUCGACCCGAACUUGCUAACGUUUCGCCAAUCAGAGCUUAACUAAAACUGGCUCGCAUUUUACUCCGUACCUGCUUAUAUAUUGUUUGAGGGGGGCGGAGCUAAAUGAGGGGCGUAAACACCGUAAAACACUAAGAUUAUUAGGUUGCUUACAGAUUUCUAUAGACCCUCAGAUCUUUCCCUGGUAGAACAAUUGAUUACAUGCUACAGGUUUCGUGGUUGUCUUCUGCACCUGCUGACGCAGGAGCAAUCCAGUAUUAUGGAAGUUUAAUACAGUUAAAUUGUCGUUUAGCCAUUACAUUUAGUUUCUCAGGCAUGUCCUCAAAGUCGAUCCCAUUGGUGGUGGCAAAUGGCAGCUGACUGAAAAAGACAUUCGGUCUGGUAAUAUUACCGAACACAUUUUUGAUGCGAUACUUGUUUGCGUCGGGAACUAUUCCGUGCCAAAGUUGCCCGAAAUACAGGGGAUGGAAACUUUCACUGGGAGGAGCGUUCACAGUCACAGCUAUAGAAGGCCGGACGAUUACAAAGGGAAAAGGGUGCUUGUGGUGGGUGCUGGUCCCUCCGGCGUCGACAUAUCCAGGAUACUAAGUGACGUUGCUGAACGCGUGUUUUUGAGUUUGGACGGAGUAUCUUUCGCAAAAAUCGGAGCCAGCGUUGUCCAAAAACCGCUAGUCGUCAAGUUAGAAGGCGACCGGGCUUUAUUUUCCGACGAAUCUCAAGAAACUAUAGACGAUAUUAUUUACUGUACAGGUUAUCAGUACUCGUAUCCGUUUCUUACGGAAAGAUGCGGCAUCACGGUGGAAAACAAUUGGGUGAAAUACCUUUACAAACACGUCGUAAACGUUGCGCAUCCCACGAUGGGUUUCAUCGGGGUCACAUUCAAAGUGUGCCCGUUUCCUGUGGUGGGUGUGCAAGUAAGAUUCUUUCUGACUCUUCUCGGUGGUCGAGUAAAGAUCGACAAAGAGGCGAUGUUGGAUGAGGUUUUGAAGGACAUGCGCAGGAGGAAGGAAAUGGGUUGGCCCGAACAUCACGCCCACAAAAUUGGUCUGGAGCAGCGCGCUUACGUCAACGAUUUGGCCGACACCGGGAAAAUCUAUAGACUGAAACCGGUCGUAUGCUCGCUUUACGAGCAUCUGGUGGAACACAGAAACGAUAGGAAACGUUUCAGAAUACUAAACGACGAAGAAUUUGAAGAAUUCUGAUCGACGCUUAUUUUCCCCCAUCAAAAUCGAGUAUCAAAUUAUUAAUGACUGUUAUUUG